CACUACACGGCGCUCGGUUAGUAUACGUGAAACAGCUCGGCUCGGCUGAUGUUGACGACGGUUUGCUCGCGAUAAUUUCUCGAAAUUGGACGUGUUUUAGCCGUUUUUCGCAGUGAAAGUGUACCGCAUGUGAAGCCCAAUCGCAACCGCAAUCGAUUGAAGUGAAGCGCUACGGAGUUUGGAUAGCAUUUCGGCGAAGAAUUUGCGGAUUCGAAUUACAUCCCAUCGGAUUCUUUUCCGUGACGAGUUCCUUUCGCGAGAGUGACGUUUCUCGUUUCUGCUGCUACUGCUGCUGUUGGUGCUGUUGCUGGAAUGAGGGGUGAUUUUGGUGGUGUGCGUAGUGUGUGAUUGCAUGGGAUAGAUCACACACCAAUACAGUAAAUAGUGGUGAAGAGUGAAGUUCACACAGCAUAUUUUUUGGUGAAUGUGUUCGUAUGUGUGGGAGAGGAAGAAAAGCUCGAACGAUAAUUUCGAGUGAGAAGUAGAAUAAUCACUGCCAAGGUGUUUGAGGUGCGGCUGCUCGAAUUUUGCGUGUUUUUUUUCGGCUGCUGAUGCUGCCAAUGUACUGGUGGUAAUAUGUAACGUGAAUUUAAAAUGGCUACAGUGAAUAACCGUCGGCGCGGUGAAGGCGGUGGCGAGGGCGCCUUAUCAAAGAUUUCUUGCUCCCGGUAUUGUUGUGGCGAUUUGUUUGGAUACUUGCUGCGGCUUCGAGUCAGUCCCGAGGAACUUGAGCAGCGCUACAAAUCUCGCGAGAUCGACAAGUUUUUGGAGAAAGAUAAGCAUGCGUUCAGAAGACAGGUUAAACUGCUACUGCUAGGUGCGGGCGAGUCCGGCAAAUCCACCUUUCUCAAACAGAUGAGAAUCAUCCACGGGAUCAAGUUUGAACCCGAGUUAGUUAAGGAAUAUCAACAUGUGAUCUACCAAAAUAUAGUCAAAGGCAUGCAAGUGCUGUGCGACGCUAGGGAUAAGCUAGAUAUACCAUGGGAGAAUCCGACCUCCCAGCUGGCCGCGAACCAGGCGGUCAUGUUUCACAGUGGCAUACUGCUGGACGUGGAGCAGUUCCACCAGUACGUGCCGAUUGUCCACAUGCUGUGGCAGGACAGAGCCAUCCGGAGGGCUUACGAUCGGCGGAGAGAGUUUCAAAUUAGUGAUUCAGUUAGUUAUUUCUUAGACGAAUUAGACCGGAUAUCAAGGUUCGACUACGUUCCCACACAUCGUGAUAUUCUGCAUUGCCGCAAAGCAACCAAGGGUGUGUUUGAGUUUACAAUAAGAAUACAGAACAUUCCAUUUGUGUUUGUCGAUGUCGGAGGCCAGCGGACGCAGCGACAAAAGUGGACCAAAUGCUUCGACUGCUCGGUGACCUCGAUCCUGUUCCUGGUGUCAACAUGCGAGUUCGAUCAGGUCCUCGCAGAAGAUAGGAAAACGAACCGGCUGGAGGAGUCCCGGAAUAUCUUCGACACGAUCGUAAACAACAUCACCUUCCAGGGCAUCUCCAUCAUCCUGUUCCUGAACAAGACAGAUCUGCUGGCACAGAAGGUGAAAAAUCCGGACACCGACAUCCGCUGGUACUAUCCGCAGUUCACCGGCAACUCGCACUCGAUUCUGGACGUGCAGAACUUCAUCCUGCAGAUGUUCAUGAACGUGCGGAAGAAUACCAAAACACCCAUCUAUCACCACUUCACCAACGCGGUGGACACCCAGAACAUCCAGGUCGUGUUCAGCUCAGUCAAGGAUACGAUCCUGCAGCGGAAUCUGUCGGCACUGAUGCUGCAGUAGGCCGCGCGUGCGUGUGUGUGUGCUUUUGCUGGGGGAUCCAGCUUAAGCAGUCGUUUCGUUGUUGAUUAUUGAUUAUUCGAAAAGAGAAAAAAACACUCACAGAAAAAAAAAUAUGUAGAGAAGUGAGAUAGGAAGUGAAAAACGCAGGAGUCGAUUUUAGUUUCUGUUUUUUUUUUGCUAGGCGAAAUAACGUUGGGUAUAGCGCGUUGUAAUUUAUUUUUCUUGUACUAGUUAUAUUUCCCCCGCAGAAGAGAUUUCAGUCCUGCCCCGUUUGUUCAGGGCGUUCCAUAGAGUAGCUCCUCGAACGCCACACAGAAAAAAAAAUUGAAUGAUGGAAAGCGCAAAUUUCCAUCGAACCAAUCACUUAUAAUCUUUAGAAAAUAAUUGCACUCUGCUAGAUACUCUCAGAUAACGCUUAAAUAUACAAUCCGGUGUUAGUGAAAAUAGAAAGAGUAAACAAUACAAAACAAAACAAAUAGAACGGUGAACACAACACUUUAAAGGUAAAUUCGGAGAGAACGAACAAUGCACAUUUGAAACGCAUAACAAUAUACAACAGGUUUAGUAGUUUAUCGAAAUAUCGUCGUCGAGUGGGUGGGCGUCCUAUUGGUACUCAAAAUUAUUGGCUGCCAAACGAAAUGGAAUCAAAUCGGUACUGCCAUAUAUGCCGCGUUGGAUGUUGGAGAUUCGAUUACAAGUGGUGCAAUGAAAAUAAUUUAAAAACCGAAUGUGCAAAAUUACGAAGUGAGACUUUCUUCAAAGAGAAAAGUUGUUUGUGGAUUCGAUACGCAUCAAUCCUAGCCUAGUUAUACUACUUGAGAUGAAAGUGUCAUUACAGGGAAACUUCGAUAUAACGUACACAUUUUCAAUGCGUAGAAAAUAUUUUCAGAAUAGGUACUGAUAUUUUCAUGCCAAUUUUACAAGUUCAAUAAAGGUCACUUGGUGGCCUGGGUAUAGGUUCCCCAAUUUUAAUUAGUGCAUUGGAAACCCCAUAAAAACAAACUGUGUUUUGUGCAUUCUGAACAAGCUGCUUGAAGUCUCCUGUCUGAAACCAUAGCCCAUACCCAGGACUUCAAUAUGGAAUUUGCAUUUUUGCAUUACAUGCUCUGCAAUAUGGCUUGAACACUUUUGCUGAAGCGGUCAUUUCAUCUAUUUACGCUUAAGAUUUGAUUCAGUUAGAAUCCGGAGUCCCAGUUCAUUUUAUACCAACGGUCGUAGUAGGCGUAUCUUAAAUAUUUUGACAGCAAAUUGUUUGGAAUACCAGUAUCUUUCGACGGUGAACAUUUCACGUGGAUCCGCAUCGUAUUGAAAAAGUUGUGCAGGAUGGAUGUCGAGAGAAGAAAUUUAAUUUUGGACACCCACAUUAAAAUGAUCAGCUACUCAAAUCACGGAAUCGCUGAAGGUGGCUAAAUCGACAGUGUAUGAUGUAUUAAAACGUGAACGUUCAAGUGUUGUUCUGAUGUUGGAUCAGAGGACGCUUCUUACGUUCGAACAUUCAUUCGAAAGCCAAUGUGUGACCAAGGUUUUCGUUACAAACAAGACAAUAGACUCGAAAAUGUAUAAGUGCCUGCAGAAACGUCCAGUGAAGUCUUGGCCAGAUUUGAUAAGCUGCCAUUACAAUCCGGGUGCUUCAGUGGUACCCCGUGACAAUGGUAUCGAUUACAAUUCCGUCCAAUGGAAAAAUCUUGAGCAAUUGUGAAGCGAAAUUGCGGGAUUGGUGCCAGAGUGACUCGGGAAGCUGCAGACAUGGAGAGAUCGUGGAAUAAAAUGGAGGGCAUCCGAAAAAAAGUACGAAAAUUCAUCAAUACUGUAAAGGAAUGUUUUCUCCAAUAUUUGAUCUAUAUUUUUUAUUAAAAAAAAACAUUUUCUGUACUUUAACCAAUCCCGAGAUAUAACUGGUUUCAUGAUUUCGGAUUCUAAAUGAAUCAAGCUCGAUUGCUCGGAAGAAAUAUGCCUACGAGAAAUAGCCAUUCAAGCAGCUAACUGCGCUAACGUGGAAUUCGAUUGUACAAGCGACAAAAAUCGAUGAUGAAAUUCCAAAAGCACUAGAAAUUCUCUGAAAUGACGAUAUGCAGAACAUAUCUGUUUAGUACAGAGUAGUUGCCAAUGAAUUGUGCAACUUUCAAGGCCUACAGCUACGGAACGAUGGGAUUGUCGUAUCUUUUGACGUAGGACUACGUCUUUCAUUAAGGGUGCCAACAGGUCACAUUUUUAUGAAAUAAAGUUAACGUUAAUAACUAUUUUUGCCGCGAACGGAUUUUGACGAUUUACAUACCAAACAAAUUGGAUAUUCCCUAAGAUUUGUUUUUUAUCCUAUAUAUUACAAUCCCCUGGUGUGUAAGCGGUAUAAAUUGAUGAAAACUAGAAGCAUUUCCAUUUUCCCAUGCAUUAGUUCUGCUCAUUUGUGAGCUUCCCUACCCAUGCCGUCAAUAACGAGCAACUUAUCGGCGAUCAACGAAGUAGAAUGAUUUAUAGUCUCCAUGAACAAAAAAAAGGAGAAGAUCGAAGGGGCAUAUUUGCCUAGAGCAUAAAUAUUGGAUCUCGCUGAGGCAAACUUUCAGUCAGUAGUUUUUCAGUAGCAAAACGUUUUCCACUAAGGAUGACAGUUGCGCUUAUCUCGAGCAUGAGAAAGUAAUGCAACUUUUUCGAGGACAGUGAUAUUAACAGAAGCGUUUCUUUUGAGAAUAGCGCCAAAUGAUGAGAAGCAUUUAUAUUCCUAGUCGCUUUAAGCCUCCAAUGUAUGACUCUGUAUAGUGCGAGGGCAAUAAUGAAUCAUCAACAGAUUCUACAAUAAAAAAAACAUUUCAGGGCGACCAAAUCAUUCUACGAAACAGUUAUUUCUAAGAUUUCGCUGCAUUAUAAAAUAAUAUCCAAAGUUAUAAACAAGCGACUUGAAUAAAAUAACAUCGUAGUUCUACGUCAACAAUGACGACGUGUCUUGGACACAACCUCCGAUAUUUUUUCAUUAGGAUAAAAAGCCCUGAUUACACGAGGUUCAUCCUGGCACAGUGAUGAUUAAAGGUCACUUAAGAUCAAUUGUCUGGUGGCCUAAAAUGAAUUGUCUGGAACGAUUCGUGAAGCGUUGUAGAGGCUGCGUAUUAGUUGCUGCUUCCGAGGCUCCUGAGCCCAUGCACCGUGGUCAUCUCCAUUCAUCACCGUGACGAACACUACAAUUCGAUUUUUUUGUGGGUCCUCUGCCUGUUGAUUGUUUUUGACUGUUACAGUCGUUAUAUGGAAAUUGUUAAAAUGAAUACAACAACAACAAUGUAAUUGGUAUGGACAGCGCACACCAGUUAAUAAAUGAAAACGGCCUAAGACUCAUCGAUUUAUCGCCACCUCUAAGAAUAUGGCCGCACGCAGUAUUUUCUUCCAACACAAAUUCCUUCACCAAUACACAUGAGGGUCGUCAAAUCAAACAGAAUCUCAGAUCGACCAUGUUCUGAUAGACGGUCGGUAUUUCUCGGACAUAACUGACGUCAGAACCUAUCGAGGCGCGAACUCAGCUGCACCGUUCUCAUGAGACGCGAAAAUUCUAUCGGAGACUCAAUACAUCCCGGAAAGGCUUCGUGUCACAGCAGAAAUGUGUCGGAAUAAGGAUGGGAGUAUACUGACGAACGAACGUUAUGUAACCGAAAGUAGGGAAGCAGCACUUCGAUGAACACCUGAAUGGCGUACAGACAGAGGACCGAGAUAACGAUGAAAACGAUUACGUUGGUGCAGUAAAUAAUGAAGAUGUACCACCCCCAACGAUAUGUGAAGUUAGGAAUGCCAUCAAACAGCUUAAGAACAACAAAUCAACUGGCAUUUGGUGAUCGGAGCGGAAAAGUUGGUUAGUUAUCUGCAUCGGUCGAUUGUCAGAAUUUGAGAAAUAGAAUAGCUAUCGGAGGAGUGGGAAGAUAGGGUUAUUUGUCCUAUCUUCAAGAAAGGGGACAGACUAGAUUGUGAAAACUUUCGUGCAAUCACCGUUCUGAAUGCCACCUACGAAGUGCUUUCCCAAAUCAUCUCCAUCGCCACCGACAAACAGAUUCGUGGAAGGUUAUCAGGCCAGCAUCAUCGAAGGUUAGUCUACUACUGAUCAAAUCUUCACCUUGCGGUCAUUCCUCCAGGAAUUGACCGUGAGUACAGAGUCCCUACGCACCAUCUAUUCAUCGACUUUAUAGUCGCAUACGACUCAAUAACACGAAAAGAGCUAUGGAGAAUCAUGGACGAAAACAUGGCGGGUCAUCAAAGAUGUGUGAGGCCGAGCGUUGUCCUGGUGGAAAACAACACCAUUCCUAUUGAUCAUUUCUCAGGUUUCCCCGUGAAGCUGACAAGACUAGUUAAGGGUACGACGGAUAGAAUACAGUGCUGUGAACAAAUAUCAGGUGGUUUAUCUGAUCCAUUCGAGUCCCGCAAGAGGCUUCGCCGAGCUUAUGGUCUCUUGCCUGCUGCUAGAGGGUGUUAUGAGACGAGCGACGUUUAACUUGCGUGGUACGAUUUCCAAUAGAUCAAUUCAAUUCAUCUGCUUCGCUGAUGACGUAGGCAUUGUCGGCAGAACAUUUGAGACGGUAGCCGAACAUUACACCUGGCUUAAGCACGAAGCAGAGAGAGUUGGACUGAAAAUCAAUGCGUCUAAAACCAAAUAUAUGCUGGCUUCCGGAUCCGAGCACGACAGGACCCGAUUAGGUAGUAGUGUAAUGAUCGACGGCGAUAAGUUCGAGGUAGUGGACCAAUUUGUCCAUCUUGGCUCAAUGGUAACGUCUGACAAUGAUACCAGCCGCGAGAUCCUGAGAUGCAUUAUCAAUUUGAGUCGCACCUACUACGGUCUGCACAAACACUUAAGGUCAAACAGACUUAGCAAUCGUGCGUACAAAACGCUCAUAAGUGCAGUUGUCCUCUACGGGCACGAAACUUGGACAACACUCGUAGAGGACCUGCGAGCACUCGUUAAGAAGCAUCUUCUGUGUUCUACUAGUCAAUCCCUUUCAUUUGAUACCCAUAUUGAUGGGGCUUUGAGAAUUUGAGAAUUUUGUAGCGGUCGCCAUCUUGGAUUUUCAAUAUCAUGAAAUAUGCAGUUUUAUAAUGACUGCAGAGAUACAGGUGUGUUCCAAAUUUCAGAUCAACCGGUCAACUGGAAAGGGGUCAAAUUUCAAUUAAUGUGGUACAGCGCCAUAUACAAACAUGUUACAUACAAACAUACAAAUAUGUCACAGCUAAAUAAAACCGUUUAAAAACUCCAGCAUUCUAUCAAAUCGAGCGCGAUUAGCCACUCAUUCACCCGGCGCGACGCUUCCACCGUUUUUAACACACUUCGAUAGGCUCUCCUGCUCCACAUCCCAUUGAAACUCCUGUCUCUCAUCAUUCGGGGUAUCGCACCGCAUACAUCCCCGGCAAAUGCAGCAAUCUCUUAUGCUGAAAAUCAAAUUCAAGAUAGCGUCUUUCCUGCUUGGCGUCCGAUGAUCGCUCACUUUAUAUAGCCAUAUAGUUAACGUUGUAGCGACCGGCUAUAUUUAUUUAUAAUCUCUUUUUGACGUAGGACUACGUCUUUCAUUUCUAUACUGGGGUGUAAGUUCAAAGUUUCGAAAACGAAAGCGUUACGCCGGAGACCGAGAUUUUGAGCGUUAAUAGCUCCUAAACAACUGAACGAAAUGGUAUGAUAACCACUUCAUUCGAAAGAUAAAAUGUCUACGUGUUAUAUGCUUGUUACUUUUUGAUCCAAAAACUUGUUUCAAUAGCCUAAAAUUGCUUUCAAAACAGGCUAUUGAAAUUACACCAAUCGGUAUAUAAGCGAGUGCUGCUCGGAAAUCCACUCGGUUAUGAUCGUGCAACGAUUGAGGUACGAUCGCUGGAAUGGAUGGAUGUUUCCCUAACACAGACUUCAAAACCAUGGCGCCUAUGGAAAUCCGCAUAGCAAAUUAGAUGCAAGCAGCAAGAACAUUUGUACUCGUUUGCGUUUUUGCAAAUUGGAAUGUGGAAUCAUGAAGCCUGGGGAAAUUGGCAUUGCAAAAUAGAUGCGAGCAGCGGGUACAUUUGUGCUCGUUUACGCUUCUUCAAAUUGGAAUGUUUUUCUAACACAGACUUCAGAAUCAUGAAGCCUGGGGAAAUUUUUUUUUUAUCCAAAAUAUAUAUUUUUAUUAAGGCUCAUAUGGCGUCGGCCUAACGGGGCCGGGAGUUCAAUAUUUCGACAAUGUUUGCUUACAACUAUGUUAGUAAUAUGUAACCGAUUAGCCUGGGGAAAUUGGCAUUGCAAAAUAGAUGCAAGCUGCGGUUACUUUUGUACUCGCUUGCGUUUCUGCAAAUUGAAAUGUGUUUUCGCAAUGCAGAUUCCCAAACCAGGAAGUUUGGAAAAUCGGCAUAGUAGAUACAUUCAAGUCUGCAAUACUUCUAUACUCCCAUGUAUUUUUACACUCCGGAAUUCGUUUUGAUAACACGGUCUACAAAAACGGGUACAAAUGCAACGCUUUGGCUCAAUUCUUCAAGACUUCAAGACAUUCAAGACAACGGCGAUAUCGUACCCAAUGAGGAACAUCCGAGGUGGGAUUAUUGCUAAUUAUACUAUUAUAUCAUAGGUAUAACCGACCCUUAGUUUUUGUCUCCCACCUUCGCCUUGUCCAUACGGUUCGCCCGUACCCGUGGUUGCUUGUAAUGAAUAGCUGUUUGCUGCGGGAGCGCAGACAAAAUGUAUGGGAAAGUAAGGAAUUCUUUCUCCGUAAAUGUAAUAUACAUUCUUACGAGAGAUCAGUACAUUUUACUUAAUUUUACUUGAUAAGAAAUUUGCUCGUUUUUUGCUAUUAGUUAAAACUAUCGGUGCAACUGUCAGAAUUUUUCGAGUUGUUUGAUUUACUUGUCAUACACCUUCAGAGAAUUAUUUUGUUUUGGUUUGCGUCCCUGAUAUUUUUCUUUGGGAAACAUUUCAGAAACGCCUCAAUGUAUGCAAUAGCAGUACAUUAAAUUCUAGCUCGAUAAGAGAUUAUCUCGAUUUACAAGAUACGAAUUUUUUCUCGAUGUGAUAGUGAUAGUAAUUGUAUCGACUUUCGAUUCGAUUUAUAUCAGACUUCCUGUGCGCGCGCUUUAUUUUCGUGAGACGAGUAUCGAUUUUCUCUUCCUCACAACCCUUCCAUGUGCAAGCGAUGAGAUCGGGCUUAAGCACGCGAGCUUGGGAUUGGCUCUUUCUCUUCUCUUACGUAAAAUUUUGUGAUGUGUUCAAGAAUAUCUCGUUGCACCUCAACAUGAGCGAUGCACAUGUGUUGUAUGCAUGUAAGAGAAGCUCGCGCAUUAAUGCUCGCGAGACUUUCUCGUGUACCUGCCUCAAAGUGGCAUUUGGUGAUGUCGGGGGAAGUUGUGCAUCUGGUGCUAAAAUUUUAAUUUUCGUAAUAUGGCACGUAUAACAAUUAGUGAUGAAGAACUAUUUCACAUAAAUAUCGCUGCAAAAGUCAUCCAAUCAAUUCAUUCAUUUGGUGCACACAGCUCGCAAUGAGAUACGAGGCUGAAUAGGACAAAGCACAUUGUAUCUUCUACGUGCUGUGCGAGACCUCAGAAGGCCUAACUAAAUGUCACUUUGAGGCAGUUACACGAGAAAGUCUCGCGAGCACUAAUGCACGAGCAUCUCUUCGUGUACACAACACAUGUGCAUCGUUUGCAUCGAAACGCGACGAGGCAUUUCUGAUCGCAACACAAAAUUUAACGUAAGAGAAGAGAAAGAGCCAAUCCCUAGCUCACGCGCUAAAACUCGGUCUCAUCACUUGCACAUGGAAGAGUUGUGAGGAAGAAAAAAUCGAAAUUUGAGCGCGCACAGGAAGUCUGCUCGCUUGGCUGUCUUCUGCCUCGCUCAUUUGUUGCAGUCAGCUCCCAAUGACUUUGUGAGAUGCGAGACUGGAUAACGCAAAACACACUGUCUCUUUAGCGUGCUGUGCGAGAUCUCGGAAAGUCUAAUUUAUAUAAUAGGGCUCAUUAUUAAAAUCUAUGGAGGUUCUGUGGAUUCAGGAAUUCGGUGUGUUCGAAUUUAUUGAUGUGCAAAUGAUGUUUUGAAUUAUAGAGGCUUUAAGCUUUCUCAGUUCAUUCGCCUCUAGCCUUAAUAACCAAUUUGAAAAACUAAACUAAACAAUUCGGCCACUUGGAAAGCCUUGCUGCCAGGGAUAGUCAGCUGACUAUAGAGAGAAAUUCGCUUCCGUAUUCAGUUGGAAAUGACUUUUGACAUCUCCACGCAGCUUCUCCGCCAAGACGACAGUUAGUCGGGUGUUUAGUCGCUUUCCCCCUCUACGACUCGACUAUCUCAUUUCAUUCUUCCCCAUCAAAUUGUCUUCAUUGCAUUUUGAAGUGACUUCCCCCAAAACGAAUUCGUUUCUCUCUCAUGUACCACGUAUGCAUGUGUCGAUGUUUGAGUUCAACAUGGUUUGACAUACGCUACAGGAGAGCUAGAUUUUUUUUGUAUCGUACACAAAUGUUACUCACACUAAUAUAAAAUAGCGUGCAGUGUGUGUAUGCUAUUUUGCUCGCUAUUUGCUAGUACUAACGCGAGGACCUGUAUAGCAUACGUGAUAACUGUCUAAGUUUUUUUUUUCUAAUUAUAGUGACUUUCAACUCAUUUGGCUGGUUCGUCACUUUAACUUCCAUUUUUGGAAAGAUGUCGGGAGUGAGAAUUGAACUCGUGACCUUUAGCAUGAGAGGCAUGGAUGUUACCACUACGCCAGAUCGCCUCCACAACUGUCUAAGUUCGUUGGUUUGAGUUCACAAUGUGUAGACAACUCUGGCUUGGUGUGAUAUUUUGACUUGAUUUAGAAACUGCGGUUCGUGUCGUACUCAUCGUUGUUAUAUUUCUUAUUCAGAAGGAAACCUCUUAAUUCUAGUACUACAUUAUGUUUCGUUACAUUUUCUCUAUCUAUGGUGGGGGAAGCUUGGAACAACCUAUUUCCAAUUUACCAAUCAGAAAAGUAUAGCUCGUAUAGACAAUUACCAAUACGUACACGCAGUCGCAUCGAAGGCGUGUUCAUAUUGCUUGCUUUAGAAUAGGUCAGCUGUAUGGAAGAAAGAACAUAAUUGCUCAGCGCGCUGCUCAAAUUACAAGCACUUGUGUGGCAUGGGAAUCGAUGGGUGUAAAAUGACAUGAGCCAGAUUGGUUCUAAGAAAUGCUGUAUGUCAGCUAAAGGAAUUUAUUAGCCAUAGCUAACGCUAUGUUCCUGAUGAGUUCAUGGAAUUGUUACUUGACACUUGAACGAAUGUGAUGCAAGCGUAUCCAACGUGCGCGUAAGAACAUUCUGAAAUUGAGCUGCAUGUUUGAUCUUUCAGAAAACGUCAAGAUUCUCUAAUUUAUGAUCUUUGGAAAUGAUAUAGAAAUCUGGUAUGCUACACAAUAAACCGUUUAUUAAUGGGGUAACUACUUUUUUGCAUCAGAAAUCAUGUUUUCGUUCCUCUUUAUACGAACGUAAAAAUAAGAUUGCGUACGCGGGUAACAAUUUCGUUCCUAUCGGGGUAGAAAUGUGGAUUGAAGUCAGUUGAAUGAAGAGUCAGAUUUGUAUUCAUUAGUCCCGUUAGUUAGAAUAACCACUGACUGGACUAGUUCAUAUGACAUCCUCACUUUAAAAGCUAAUCAAUUCAUUUUCUUGUCAAUGCAAAUUAUAUUGACGAAGAUUUCGGGCCCUGCUUGCUGCCGUCCGGUUGCUAGCUAGAUGAAUGAUAAAUCGUGACUGACUUAUUUAUAAUUUUUCAAUUGUUUUUCAGCGUUGAGAGUUGUAUUCUACGGUGGAAAACUGUGGGUGGAAAUUUGUUUCGAACUUUCUUUUACCUCCACCGCCAUCACACAAUAGAUACGGUUCGGAUUUUCUGUUGCCGUUCUACAUCUUCCGAGAUGUUUCGUUCUGUGUUGGAGCUGUAAUUUUGCUAAGAGAUGCUGAAAAACUACUUAGAUAUUCAAGAAGUUCGGUAUUUCUGUUUCAGUGCUCUAGACAGCGAGCAAUCAAUGGUACGCUUCGCUGAACGUUCGCGCAUCCGUCUAUCUGCCCUUGUCAUUGCUAUCAAAUAUUUGUAUCAAAGAGUUUUAUUAUUAAUUUUCUUAGAUGUUUGUUCUCACUGGCAAUAAUUUCGUAGUUAUAUGUUAACAAAGCGGCCGUGUCUUGGACAUCACACUUCUUUAUUUAUUGAUUGUAAUCUAUCUGAGAUCGAAAUCAUUGCGCCCGCUUGUAUCGAAUACUCCAACUGCCAUCACCACUGAACUGAACCGAAACUAAGCUCCUCAUUUUAUGAUCUAAAUUAUAACAAAACUAUAUCUGAAGACAACGGUGUUGAACUAUUUCAAUUGGUUUUAAUACCAACACCGCGCGCACUCCCAUUCCGACAUAAACGCCCACACUCAUCUACAUUCUAAUGAAACCAAAAAAUAAUUUUAAUAAGCAUUUUGAUUAUUGCAUCGGGAAAACGGAAUACAAAACGACAAAUCACGACUGCAGAAAUCGUCGGAGACAAUGCUCCGCCUGUAGAAAAGUUCGAGUUCGAUUCUAUGCAUCCAUAGUGGGAUCGAAUAGUGUAAAUAAUGACCAAAUCAUGAUACAGAACACACAAAGUUCGACGUGCAGAGAAAAACGAGAAAAAAUAAUGAACGAAAUGGUAUUAUUGCUAACGGGAAAAGAUUUUAGCAUUUACGGAAACAAUAGUUCACAACAGGCAUAAUACUAGCAUAUAUCUAUACUCAUCACCAUUCCUUGGGUCCCCGUGAAACAUCAGAUUAAUCCAUAGAUCUUAGCAUACAAAAAUUCUGGUUAUGGAAUGAUCCGUGCGAAACCUCCAAUCGGAGAUCCUUCUCCCAAAUCUCUAGCGUUCGAUUUUUUCUGCUAAAUGUGUAAGACAAACAAAAAAAUCAAGAGGAGGCUUGUUUCGUGCCUUUUACUAUUUUUUACAAUCGUUCAUUUUUAUACAAAUAUUGUAUGUACGAAGCAAACAACAAAACAAAAUAACGAAAUUGAUCACCACAAAUAAGACUUGAUUGUUUUCCGCGUCAUAUUGGACGCGAAACCAAAACUUUUGGAGCCAUUUUUCAACACCGCGCACAAAGCAGGGUAAUUAUCGGUAGUGGAAUUUAAUAGGAAGGUUUUUACCGAAAUUUUCGUCCUGUUUGUGUGAAACUCGAUGUGUAUCAGUGUUGUGUGUGGUUAAGUGGAAAAGGAUACAACAAGAAAACAGCUCGAUCACGAAGCGAGCUGUAAUGCCAUGCAAAUCGACCGAAAGAUCCUUCCCAAAAUAGGCUUCCACAUCACUCUUUCGGAAUACCCGGAAGCGAUAUAGGAUUGAAAUACGAGCGAAAAACGGCAAUGGGAAGAGGAUUUCACUUUUCCUGUUUUAAAACGAUAAUAUUUAUAACCGUAUUCGUUGUUCGAUGUUAACAAACUGGAAUCUUUAUUUGUAUAUUUAUGGAAACGAGUCGUUCUGAUAAUUCGUGCGGGAUAUGACUCGACACGAGAGCAUGUAAAAUAGUAAAGUAAAUUUCCAUCGCAAAUAGCGGAACACUGCGUGACAGCAUGGUCCUGAGGAUGGAACGUUUGUCUUGUGUAAAAUUGUUUUAUUUUCAUUUACGUUAAGUGUAUAUACCUAAAUAAAAGCCUUUUAAGCAAUAAAUAUAUUACAAUUUGGA